AUGUCUGCAGUAUUUAUGUUUGACGGAGACGACGAUGACGCUCCACCACUUUGUCAGGAGAGUAACACGGUGGAUGGUGAUAAGAGUAAACUGAAAAGACCUCAUGUAGCAGAAGUUGAUCACCUCAUGUCGGAUGCGGAUUCAGACGAUGACACGCCAAUUGGGUUAAGGAAAAAGGCUGCUUCAAAACGUGGAUGUAGUGCCUCUUAUGAAGAUUCAGAAGAUAACAAGACAUUGGCUGCCCGGUUUUUGCGAGUUACUCGGGGUGGCACAUCAUCUGUGAGUAUUCCAAGUUCCAAGGACAAACCAGUCCUACCCAACAUCAGCAAUGCAAUCAAAAGGCCAUGCGAUAGCAACAGCCAACCAACUUCACAAUCAGCUCUUAAGAAGGCAAAGUGUUCGGAUGGUACUUCUUCUGCCUCCGCAAGUGCCAAAAGAGAACCCAGGGGCAAGGAUAAUGGCAAUGACAGCAUACAUCUAGCACAAACAAGGCAGACAACCGGCGAGUCUUCGAAAAGAAAGGACCCGCUUGCAAAGAAUAUUGUGAAGAAGAGUCCUUCAUCUUCUAAGGACAACAAAAAAGGAAAAGCAAAGAAAAAUCCACAGCUCUCAAAGACAACGGAGGCCUGUCAAGGUCGAAAGAAGUGGUCUACUUUGGUGCACAAUGGUGUUCUUUUCCCCCCUCCGUACAAGCCUCAUGGUGUCCAGAUGCUUUACAAUGGGCAACCGGUUACUCUCACUCCAGAACAGGAGGAGGUCGCAACCAUGUUUGCUGUGAUGAAAGACACAGAGUAUGCAUCCAAGGAAACGUUUACCAACAACUUCUUCAACGACUGGAGAAAUAUUCUUGGUACAAAACAUGUUGUCAAAAAGUUUCAGCAUUGCGAUUUCACACCCAUCUAUGAAUGGCACCUUCAGGAGAAGGAGAAGAAGAAACAGAUGACCACAGAGGAGAAGAAAGCAUUGCGAGAAGAGAGAGUGAAACAAGAUGAUAAGUUUAUGUGGGCUUUCGUUGAUGGUGUAAAAGAGAAGGUUGGCAAUUUCAGAGUAGAACCGCCUGGCUUAUUCAGGGGACGAGGAGAACAUCCAAAGAUGGGAAGACUGAAGCGACGCAUCCGACCAAGUGAUAUUACAAUAAACAUCGGAGAAGGAGCUCCAGUCCCGGUGUGUCCUAUACAUGGAGAAAGCUGGAAAGAAGUUAAACAUGACAAUACUGUUACAUGGUUGGCCUUUUGGAAUGAUCCGAUAAACCAAAAAGAAUGCAAAUAUGUUUUCCUGGCGGCAAGCAGCUCACUGAAGGGACAAAGUGACAAGGAAAAAUACGAAAAGGCUCGGAAACUGAAGGAUCACAUACACAAUAUACGUGUGAAUUACACCAAGGAUUUCAGGAGCAAAGAUCAGGCAAAAAAACAAAUUGCAGUGGCAACAUACCUUAUAGAUAAACUAGCCCUCAGGGCGGGAAAUGAAAAGGAUGACGAUGAGGCUGAUACUGUUGGUUGUUGUACGCUGAAGGUUGAAAAUGUUACCUGUCUUCCUCCUAACAGACUGCAGUUCGACUUCCUUGGUAAAGAUUCUAUUAGAUACUUGAACACCGUAGAGGUUGAACUACCUGUGUACCAGGCGAUUAAGGAAUUCUGUGCUGGAAAACAUAAGGGAGAGGCUGUCUUUGGCAAGCUUGAUACAAAUAAACUAAAUGCUCAUCUAAAAGACUUAAUGCCUGGCCUUACUGCAAAAGUGUUCCGUACAUACAAUGCUUCCAUAACUUUGGACACUAUAUUGAACAAAGAAACUGAAGAUGCAACCCUUCUUGAAAAAAUUACGGUCUAUCAGCGAGCAAACAAAGAGGUUGCUAUAAUCUGUAACCAUCAGCGUGCUGUCUCGAAAUCACAUGAUUCCCAAAUUACUAAACUGAAUGAAAAGAUUGACGAAUUAAAGGCCCUGAGGGAUGGGUUGGAAGUAGACCUGGAGAAAGCAAAAAAAGGAAAACCUCUAGGUUAUGAUGAAGAUGGGAAGCGAAAGAGAAAUUUGACCCCUGAAGUAUUGGUGAAUAAGAUCUCUUCAGUCGAAAGCAGGAUACAGAAAAUGGAAAUCGAUAUGAAGACUAAAGAGGAAUUGAAGACAGUGGCACUAGGAACAUCAAAGAUCAACUACCUUGAUCCUAGAAUUACCGUGGCAUGGUGCAAAACCCGCGAAGUCCCUAUUGAGAAGAUUUUCAGCAAAACAAUCCUCGCAAAAUUUGGAUGGGCAAUGGAUGUGGACCCGGAUUUCAGAUUCUAG